AUGGCCUGGGUGUUGGCCCCGAUACUCCCCGACCCACUUGGCCCGGUGCCAGCAAUUCCAGCCGGGACCCGACGCAGCGAGCCGCAGCGCUUUAUACUGGUCCGAAAGCCGAACUCCCCGGCUCUGCCAAUCCACUUGGUCGAUGGCACAUCUUCAAGCCGUACAGCGGGGUCCCGCAAAGAAGGUGGUACGGUAGCCCGCGUAGAAACGGCUACGGUAGCCGAGCGAACAUCGCUGAAGGCUUCGGCCGAAAAAACCCUGAUUGGGUCCCGGCGCGACGAGGCUACGGUGGAACUCACCAUCUAUCAAAAAACGAUCCUCAACGGCUCCGAGGCCUUCCUGAAGAGCCAAAUGAAACCGGUGGUGAUCAUCGCCAAACGGCCGAGCCCGCGCGGCAGCGCGUUGAGGGGAGGAGUGAAACUUCCGGUGAUUCCUUCGAUCUCGAUGCUGCACGACGAUUUGCCGUUUGGGACAGAAUUCUUCAAGCAG